GUGCGAGAUUUAUUUAAGGAGACAUUCCAUCUCACAAAAGAUGAUGAGUACAUGCUUUACGAGGGAGCAGCGCGCGAAGCCGUAUCGCUUUUCGUAGGCGGCAUAGGCCCCGGUCCUGACCCGCUUGCGUUGCAGUGGGAUAUGACGGCCACGCACAAGUCGGAUUGGAAUCAAAAGGUCAUCGAUCACCUCUGUUCCCUGUAUAUGACCAUGCAGGAGAGCAACCGCUGGACCGGGCGAUCUCAGCAGUCAAUCAGACGUGAUAUCACCCUUAAAUUCGAUCAAUGCCGCAAGUGCUGGAGAAAAGCCCGUCCUCAGGUCGCCAGUGAUGGCACUCACGAGACUAUGCAACAAGUGGGAGAUCGCCUGGUGGAUCACACGAACGAGCGGUUACGGAUAGCUAGGGUCCUAUCUCGUAGAACAACAAAAUUUGAAACCCGCCGGAAGGUCACGUCAGCCCUGCUCAGUGACCGGAAAGCGAGCCGAAAGGACGAUUUACCUGUGUGGGUAUAUUUGAACUCCAUCGUGGAGACUCUG